AUGUCCUUUGACAGAUAUGUUGCCAUCUGUAACCCACUAAGAUAUGCCAUCAUCAUGAACAGACAGACAUGUAUACUCUUGCUUCUGGGAUCCUAUGUGGGUGCUUUUUUGUCAAUGUUGGGGCCAUCUGUCUUAACUGCCCCUAUGAUAUUUUGUGGGCCAAAUAAAAUCCAUCAUUUCUUCUGUGACAGAGCCCCAAUGCUAAAGCUAGCCUGUACAGAUAUUUCUUUGGCUGAGUUUGCCGACUUCAUCUCCUCUGCUGUGUUGCUCUUGGGCUCCCUGAUUCUCACAGGAGUGUCUUACACUUAUAUUGUGAUUACCAUUCUUAGGAUUCCCUCUGUCCAAGGACGGCAAAAAGCCUUCUCCACAUGUGUCUCCCACGUUACAGUGGUUAUACUCUAUUAUGGGAGCUCCAUCUUCCUCUAUGUCCGGCCCAAAAAAGGUAAUGCAGUGGACAUUAACAAAUUUGCCACAGUACUGAAUACCAUUAUAACACCCAUGCUGAACCCUUUCAUCUACAGCCUCCGGAAUGAGAGAGUCAAAGAAUCCUUGAGAGAUAUCUUCAAUAAGUAUGUAGGUAUACUAACAAAUGUAAGAUCCCAAAAAUGA